UUUUCCAGGGUUCGGGCCGGAGAGAGGCCUUGUAGGUACAGACGCUGAGGCUCGGUCGGCUCCUAGGAGGGCCUCUUUCCCGGGUGGGAGUCCGGGGUUCUGCGUCCGCCAACCCGCGCCUUGCCCCCUCCCAGCUCCCGGGCCGACGAAAUGACCAUUAAGAAGUAGACGCCCAGAUGCCAAAGUAAUGAAACAGUCAAUUUGUCAUAAAGUAAGAUGCAGCUGUGGCUUUUCAACCAGAUUAGGACAAAAUUGUAUCUAUUUUUCUCAGAAGAGAAUUCCACAAGACAAAACAAAAAUGAGAGGGAUCUGGUUUAAUUGCAGUACAAGGAAUUUAGAUUAGACAUAAAGAGUUUCCAGAAAAUAAAGUACCAGAUAUUGAAGUGAUUUGUUAAGUCAGCAAACAAAGAAAACAUGGUGUUUUGAAGUAUGAUUAAACUCCUGAUGCUGCAUCAGAGGCUAAGAAUAUUAAUGGCCAGAUCUAGUGCUCACAUGGUCUUCUGAAGAAGCCAUGGGUAGCUGUUGUAGCUGUCCAGAUAAAGACACUGUCCCAGAUAACCAUCGGAACAAGUUUAAGGUCAUUAAUGUGGAUGAUGAUGGGAAUGAGUUAGGUUCUGGCAUAAUGGAACUUACAGAUACAGAACUGAUUUUAUACACUCGCAAACGUGACUCAGUAAAAUGGCACUACCUCUGCCUCCGACGCUAUGGCUAUGAUUCGAAUCUCUUUUCUUUUGAAAGUGGUCGAAGGUGUCAAACUGGACAAGGAAUCUUUGCCUUUAAGUGUGCUCGUGCAGAAGAAUUAUUUAAUAUGUUGCAAGAGAUUAUGCAGAAUAAUAGUAUAAAUGUAGUAGAGGAGCCAGUUGUUGAAAGGAAUAAUCAUCAGACAGAAUUGGAAGUCCCCAGAACACCUCGAACACCUACAACUCCAGGGUUUGCUGCUCAGAACUUACCUAAUGGAUAUCCCCGAUACCCCUCAUUUGGAGACGCUUCAUCCCAUCCUUCAAGCAGACAUCCUUCUGUGGGAAGUGCACGCCUGCCUUCAGUAGGUGAAGAGUCUACACAUCCCUUGCUUGUGGCUGAGGAACAAGUACAUACCUAUGUCAACACUACAGGUGUACAAGAAGAACGGAAAAACCGCGCAAGUGUGCAUGUCCCAUUGGAGGCAAGGGUUUCUAAUGCUGAAAGCAACACACCAAAAGAAGAACCAAGUAAUAUUGAGGACAGGGACCCUCAGAUUCUUCUUGAACCUGAAGGAGUCAAGUUUGUCUUAGGACCAACCCCAGUUCAAAAGCAAUUAAUGGAAAAAGAGAAACUGGAACAACUUGGAAGAGAUCAAGUCAGCGGAAGUGGUGUGAAUAACACGGAAUGGGACACUGGCUAUGACAGUGAUGAACGAAGAGACGUGCCCUCUGUUAACAAACUGGUGUAUGAAAAUCUAAAUGGGCUAUCUCUCCCCAGUGCCUCAGGGCUCAGGAGAGGUCGUCUGCCGUCCACCAGUACCUCAGAUACCCAGAAUAUCAACAACUCAGCUCAGAGAAGAACUGCAUUGUUAAACUACGAAAAUCUACCAUCUUUGCCUCCUGUUUGGGAAGCCCGCAAGCUAAGUAGGGAUGAAGAUGACAAUUUAGGACCAAAGACCCCAUCUCUAAAUGGCUACCAUAAUAAUCUUGAUCCAAUGCAUAACUAUGUAAAUACAGAGAAUGUAACAGUGCCGGCAAGUGCUCACAAAAUAGAAUAUUCAAGGCGUCGGGACUGUACACCGACAGUCUUUAACUUUGAUAUCAGACGCCCAAGUUUAGAACACAGGCAGCUCAAUUACAUACAGGUUGACUUGGAAGGUGGCAGUGACUCUGACAACCCUCAGACUCCAAAAACGCCUACCACUCCCCUUCCACAGACCCCUACGAGACGCACAGAGCUGUAUGCUGUGAUAGACAUCGAGAGAACUGCUGCUAUGUCAAAUCUGCAGAAAGCACUGCCACGAGACGAUGGUACAUCUAGGAAAACUAGACACAAUAGUACUGAUCUGCCCAUGUGAGCCCAGAAACCAUUACAUUGUUUGCACCUUUGUGAAGUUUUAAAAAAUGAAGAUGCAAGUGCUUCAUUUUUAUUUCUAAACACUAACUCCUUUUAUAGACUGAUAAAAAAAUUUUUUCUAUUUCAUGUGCUUCUUUAAAGGGAAAUUAAAAUGUAGAGCAGGUACUCAUAAAAGAACACUAAUUUCAUUCUAUACUACUCAUUACUGUACAGCAGCAUUCCCAUUUUCACAGUGCCUAUUUAAAAUGAGAAUUGAAGUGAGUGACAUGCUGGUCAAUUUUUAUUAAGAUUCUGGACUCAUGCAUAUCAUUCACGUCUAAGACAUGGUUGGCAUUUAAAGCAUAUUAUAAAGCCUCUUGAUAAUGUGCAUUGCUAACAGAUAACUCUAGGCUUUGAAAGUACUAUUUGUAGAUUUACUAUUCAUGGUAUGUGACCUCCAGCAUGUAACAUGAGGAAUCCUUUAUUUCAUUAAUUGUAGGCUUUUUGACUUGAGCCAGGACAUAUGUAUGGAAAUAGAAGUACCACACCUCCUAUGUACCAGUCAGUUCCUUAGCCUUCAGCGUUUCUAGAAAGAGCCCUACGUUCGUGAACAUGGUUUGCUGUUGGUGUGUUGAAAGGCAGGAAAGAGACGAGGUUUUCUCUUUACUCAUCUCAUGGUGUCAUUUGAAAGGCAUGCCCAGAUAUCUUAGUCAGAAUUACACAUAGGCUCAAGAAUCAGUCUCAGGUCACUUGAUCCAAAAACAUUUGAAAAUCUGAACCAUGAUCUCUUGAAAGUUUCUCUCCUGCAGAUUAUUAACAGUAACAUUGUUUUCUGGAGGCAUUUGUGCCAUUAGAUUGCCAUUUACCUUCAAGUUUUUCCUUUGGUGUUUGGGAUGUCUAAUUUUGUUGCUUCAUGUCUUUUUCAAUUUAGGAUGUUUGAGUUUGUAUAUAGUUUUGAAAUUGGAUUAUGUGUUCAUUGUUGUUUAGUUUGCAUUUUUGUCAAAUUGUGGUUUUGAAGGUUCAUUUGGAACUUACUGUUAUUCUAUAACAGGGUUGCCCUUGUCCAGUAUUUAUUUAUAUGCCGUUUACUUUUCAAGUUGAUAAAAGCAUUCUCACAAUUUUAAAUUUCACUUGUGUUCAUAGGUGAUCUCUUAAGCAGCUGAG